ACGUCAUUUUAUUUCAAAAUUUCAGUCUUCAAGGAAAAAUAUGUUUUUUUCUAAAUUAUGUGUUAAAUAAUAUUCUAAGAUCACCUAUGUCUGCAGAAAACUGCCGACCGCCUACUUUUUAUUCAGCUUACAAGAAUAAUGGGCAAUGAAUCCGUGGUAGAUCAGAUAGUGAACAACCUAUCGUUUGAAGUGGAAGCAGUGCCUCAGGACGAUGACAAAUUGGCUAGUACUUCGAACACAACACCUCUAAAUGUAAAGAUAAGGGUACGAAAGAAGAAUGAAAGUGGGAUACAGCAUGGCGUGCUAUCAGUGCCCAAGUUUGGACGCCCUGACGCGCAGCCAGAGAGAAUUCGACUUAUCAGCAGUGACCAGACUAUUAUGUCCUUCAAUAUGUCUAUGGAAGCCGAUUUAGUGAAGAAACCCAAAAGGAAACCUCGCAAAUCGUUGUUCGCUCGUUGCUUAGGAACUCAGUAUGAUGAUGAUGAAAUGCCCUACGCACCAAGUACUGCAUACAACGCUAAAGUAUCUGACGCAAAUACUACAAGCAAGUCUGACGGCGUCAUAAGGCAAAACUUCACUCUUUCUAAAACUAAUUACGAUAAUGCUGUUGAUCUACAAAUACAUACAAAGAAACAUGGCAUACUUGGGAAGUGUAAACCAGGAGGUUGCCUAGAUCCACCUUUUGGCGAAGAAAAAUACUCGUAUGAACCUACACAAAAAAUACAACUAAAAAAAAUGCCCGGUAUUACUGAGGAUAAGGUUGAGAAACCUAAGAAAAUCAAAGUAUCUAAAAUGGUUGCUGACCAAAGAAACAUAAAUGUCUCAAAUGAACUUAGUAAGGAGAGUAUUGGAAAUAAAACGAAAACAAAAUCUCAAGAUGAAUCGGAUAGUAUUUUAAGUCUUUAUAACAACUCUCUAGAGGGUUCUUUAGACUCAAAAUACUCUGACUCAGUCAUAACUUAUCCUCCACUUACGAACACUAAUAGUAAUGAAAAGAGUUUAAGAAACAGAAUAAGCAAUGAAGAAAAGCCUAGAAAAUCAUUUGAUGAUAGCAUAGAAGCUUUCUUCAGUUCAAAAACUAGUCGGUUAAAUGAAAUAAGCAGCAAUGAUGCUGACGAUGGGAAAAAAGAAAAAGCUAAAGUUAUCGUACCGGUACCUAUACCGAUACCUUUAGAACAUCAUUUUGUUAAAGAAUCUGAAAAAACGCAAAUCUCAACACAAAACUUUCCAGAUUCUGUAACCAAAAAGGGCACACUAGUGGAAUCAGAUUUAACUGUAAUGGAAGAAGUUAGUGAAAUGUUGGACACAAACGAUGCCAAAUAUAAUUAUUCACAAGAACACCCGCCUUACACUGACAAUAUUGUUGCACCACAAAAGAAUAAUGAAGAACUCAAUGCUCAAUUGAAUGUUACAACAGCUGAUCCAACAGUUAAAUCUCAAAUAGAAACGUCUGGCAUUCAAACACGUCCAGUUGAUUUAAUUAAGCCAAAAAUAGUUGAUACCCCCGAAGACAAAUAUGAUAUAUCAUCAUACCAUGAAAAGCAUGAUGAAGUUGAUUCAUAUGAUGAUGAUCAGUCAACAGUAAAAAAAUCAAGAACUUUACCCAAUGAAAUGCCAAUUCCUGUGCAAGAAAAAGGCCAAACUAAAGAACACAAAGUGGCGACACCUCUUUCACCUGUACAAGAUACUCAAUCUUCAGGAAAAUAUUCAAGAACUCUUCAUGAUGAAAUACCGAUUUCAGUGGUAAAAAAAGAACAAACUAAAGAAAACAAAAUUGAAUCACCUCCUUCACCUGUAGAAAAUGACCAAUCUUUAGAAAAAACAUCAAGACCUCUACAUAAUGAGAUGCCAAUGUCAGUGCAAGGAAAAGAACAUGAAUUAGGAGAAUCACUUAACUUGAUAUCAGAUUUAGAUGCACAAGCUCAACAAAAUCUUCAACAGAAUCGGGACCUUAUCUCUAGCGCCAGAGGAAGUAUGCAAGACGGUCGCAAUUUUACAAUUGGUCAUACUAUUAAGCCUUAUGAUCAAAACGAUUAUAAACGAUCGAACGCUGAUCCCGUCAUGGUUUCAGAUUAUAAUGAUAAAAUGCUGAAACAAAAUAGUGCAGAUGAAUUUGAUGAAUUGGCAUUUCCCGAAAAACUUAUUAAAGGUAUCACUUUAUCGGAAACCGAUAUAAAAUCAACAAAACAAAAUGAGCAACUGAAAGAAACAAUAAAACCCCAAUCUCCAGUAGGUGAGGUUACACCAAAUCGUCAAAAUGAAACGUUGAACCCUUUCUCUAACACCGGAAGAAGUAUGCUAGAUGGUCGUAAUUUUGAACAGUCGGGUGAUGAUCACAUCAUAGCUUCAGAUUAUGAUUUCAAUGAUAAAAUGCAAGACGACAAUGGUUUAGAUGAAUAUAAAUUGACAUUUUCCGAAAAAAACUCACUAGAUAAAGGUAUCAUCCAAUUGGAAACCGAAACAAAAGCUAGUAAACAAAAUGAACAAAUGAAAGGUACAAUUGAAUCCCAAUCUCCAGUUGAUGAGGUUACACGUAGUCGUCAAAAUGAGCCACGAGAGCAUGAGAACAUUCAAGAAAAUCGAGACGUAAUUUCUAGCACCGAAGGAAGUAUGGUGGACGCUAGGAAUUUUGUAACUGGUCAUACUGCUAAGCCCCAUGAUCAGAACGAUAAUAUCAGUAAACAGUCGGCAGAUGAUCACGCCAGGAGUUCAGAUUAUGAUAUCAAUGAUAAUGAACCGCCCGAAAAUAGGUUAGAUAGUAAAUUGCCAUUUCCCGGAAACGAAUUACUUAAUAAAGGAAUAACCCAAUCAGAAAGUGAAAGGACAUCUAACAUAAUCCCUUCUGCUAAAGCUGUAAAUGCUAGCAGUAAAGAUUUUUCAGAAACUGAUCAAUAUUUCAUGGAAAAUAUGGAUGUGGAUGAUACAGAACAAGAUACAAAGAAGCCAGAUUUAAAUAAAGACUAUGUAAACAAUGAAAGUAAUGAUAUCUUUUUACAAGAAAAUAGUUCAAGUACUGAUAAAAAAAUAUCGCAAAGUAAUAAAAAUCUAUUACACAAUGUAAUAAGCAAUGAUGAUGAUGAUAAUUACGACGAUACAGAACCAAGGAAAUACAACACAAUUUUUGAAUCUUCCAAAGAAGAUAAUGACUUUAGUGCACUAACAGAUCCACGUCAUAACGGACUUGUUGAUAGAAUACCAGCUAAUAAUCUUCAAAACCUUGAUACUGCAUUACAUUCGUCACAAAUGGAACAGUUAAACAUUUCUAAUAGCAAUGAUGGCCUCGAGAAUCAUAAGGGUUUGGUCCCUAAUUUUCCUGAUAACGAAGAUAAUUCCGACAAAGAUAUUGCAAAUAAAAUGUUAGAUGAAAUAAAUAUAUCUGAGAUGCUUACAAAUAGUUCUGAAUUUAUGGAACCUAUAACGCGAUCAUCGCUAGAUGAACAAAAGAUUGAGAAUAGCAAAUCUAUUAUCGAAAGUCAAUUAGUAAAAUCAGAGCGAAGUAGUAUUAAUUACCCAAACUCACUAAAAUACAAAUUCAAGACUAAAUCAGAUAUGUCUAGAUCUAAUUAUAGUGCACAAAAGAAGUCACCACAGGUAGUUUCCAAAAGCUCCUUAAAGAAAAACUCUAUAUCUUUAGACAUGGCAUUCCAAUCGUACGUGAAUGAAAAAAAAGAAAGAAUUUUCAAAAGUCUCGAUUCAUCGGUAGAAGCUGUAAGAUACCCUAAUGAUUCAGUAACGGUCUUACAAUCUCCCUUGAGUGAGGACUUUGAGAUUCGAAUACCAAUAGAUUUGGAGAAUGACAUGACAAUACAAAUUCAUCGAACCAAAAGUCCUACGCAACGUGUGCAGAUCCUAAAACAAGAACCUUUCGUUUCAGAAGUUUCAUUUCCCACAUUAAAAGGAAAGCAUGGUUAG